CAAAACAAACACCUACACUACACACGUGUAAUCGUAAGGUUAAAAUCUAGGGCAUUUAUCGAGCUGAUAUUACCAACGUGAGACCCGAGCAGGUGGUGUACUACAGCAUGUCCUGAACUCGUUAGUGUGUUCCGUUGGACAUAUCUAAACACAAAUGACACCAGUGCGAGGCAUCAUGACUGACGACUGAGAAUGGAGGAUAACCCCACACGAAGGCUGCCCCCUACUGAUGGGGGCUGGGGUUGGAUAGUGGUGCUAGGUUUUUUCGGCAGCACCUUUGUGAUGGUCGGAAUAGCCAAGUCUUUCGGAAUCAUUCUCCAUGAACUGGUGGAGUACUUCGAUACGAACGUGGCCCUGGUAGCGGGUGUCAUGGGCGUAGAGGGCAUAGUAUUUACCAUAACAGCUCCGUUUUGCCUGGCUUUUGGGCAGCACUACUCCCAGCGUCUAGUUGUGAUGGUAGGGGGCGUGGUUGGAGGAGUGGGCGUGUCCCUUUGUUACUUUAUGAUCAGUAUCGAGUACAUCAUAUGUAUGUUUGGGAUUACGGUCGGUUUCGCCAACGCCUGUCUGUUCGGUAACGGACUCGUCAUUGUAGGCCAGUACUUUGAGAAGCGGCGUUCCAUGGCCACAGCUCUCGCUCUAACCGGAGCCAGUGUCGGCCAUUUUGCCAUCCCUCCGAUUCUGCAGAUCUUGCUGGAUAACUACGGGUUGCAUGGUGCAUUCCUUAUUCAGGGUGGUUUUUACUUAAAUAUUGCAUUCUUCGGGUCACUCUACAGACCGGCUACCGCCGCACACACGAACACGCACAUGGAGACCGAAAAAGAGUCCAUGUUGACAACAAAGGUGACAGAUUCUCCUCGGAAGCGAUUUCCAAAAGAACCAACAGAUUAUUCUCAAUCUCAUCAUAUGUUAAAUACGUUACCAGAAACGUUGAGGAAACCAAGAAUGUCUCUCAGUACAAAUGACAUUACGGUAGACUUAUCCAAACUGGACGUUAGUAAGAAGGUGAACCGGUUCGCAUACUUGUCCACUACCGGAAGUCACAUGAUGGGCUCAAUAGAGAGUUUGGGUGUCAUGGUGAUGACAGAGAAUGCUGCACCAGAGCAAGAAGAUAUAGAUACCGGAGGAGGAAAGAAAUCGGGGAAUCGAUUCGUUUUUCCAAAGGUAUUCCAUUGCACAGUUUUUAAAAUGCCAGUUGUAAUCCUAUAUACCGUAGUGAUGUUUGUAACGUUUUAUGGCUAUUUUAGCUUUGUGAUAUUUAUGCCACCAGAUGCAGUGACACGUGGGGCAUCAAAGUAUGAGAAAACAUGGCUGGUGUCUUUUUCCGGAAUAGGUGACUUUAUCGGUCGAGUUUUGAUAGGAUUAGUCGGUGAUCUAGGGUUAAUGAAACGGUACAAGAUAAUGUCGCUAGUCUGUGCGCUCUGUGGGAUCAACAUAAUCCUGUUCGACUUUGCAACCUCGUUCUGGUGGAUGGGGACACACGUGUUCCUGUACGGAGUAUUCGGAGGGGCAUACGUCGCCAUCAAUGCCGUUGUACUGAUUGACCUUGUCGGACUAGAGACGUUACCCAAGGCACUGUCUACAGUUCUGCUGUUUCAGGGAGCCGGGGCAGCAGUCGGUCAACCCAUAGAAGGUGUUAUCCGUGACGUCACUCUGUCAUAUCACCCUAUAAACUACAUGAAUGGGGCAUUUCUACUCAUCGGCGCGUUGCUUCUCAUCUGCCAUCCCAUGCUUCUUCGGUUGUGCGAGUCAUCGAAACCCUCAAAGAACGGCAAUAUCCCCAUGAUAGCUGUAACAGCGACGGAGGAUGACAUUGGUUAGAUGGUCAGCUGACGAUGACAGAUAUAUAGAGACCAGAAAAAUUGAAGACAUCCCAAUGUUAGCUGACAAUGGAAAAGACCUACCUCUAACAACGCACAUUAUCUGGACAGACAAUCUGAAGCCGGAUGAAUUUCAGAAUUCAAUUCACACUCGCUGAUAGCAUAAAGCAAUGUAGAAGAUUUACAAAUUAAACAACAGAAUUAUUGAUGUAUGGAACUUGUAACAUUUAAAUUUUUAUUUCAUACCAUGAAGUUUAAUUUAGGAGAACCCUAGUCAUGUGUUUAAUUUGUUACAGAGAUAACGAGAUAGAUACUAGAUAAUGUUUAGCAGUCAAUGUUUAUUAUAUAUAUAUAGAUAGAUUACGAGAUACCUUGCCAUGUGUUUAAUUUGUAACAGAGAUAACGAGAUAGAUAAAAUAGAAUUGAAAGUAUUAAAGCCUUAUUAUAUCACUUAAAAAUUACAUGAUACCUUGUCAUGUGUUUGAAGUGCAAAUGUCACACGUUUGCUAUUUCGCAGCGUUAAACAUUAAUGCUUUUUUAGAAACAAAAAGAUUAAGAUACACAUGUACAAUGCAAGUUGUGGUGUGUUCAGGUAAACUUUUCACGUUUUGAUGUUUAAGAGGAAGGUUACACGAUUUAUUUGUUUAAGUCAUAUAAAUAUUAAUGACACACUCUUUACUGAAACAUAUUUACCGCUGAAUCAAGUAGCCAUUCUGAUGCAAUGGUUGUGUGUUAUUUCUAUGUCCACGACAAAUUUUAGAUGUUGAAAUGUGUAUAUGUAAUAUAAAAGUAUACAUUAUUUUAUGUUUACUUUCAUUUAAUAAUUUCAUGACAAGUUUUAGGUUUAUGAUGAAUUGUUCAAUAUACAUUAACCCAUUCAAUCCUAAAAUUUCACAAUGAACUUUUCCAACCUUUGAAUUGGAAGAGGUCAAAUGCGUCUUUAGGGCUGAAUAAAUUAAUGACAACAUAGUAGAAACAAUUUUAAAAUAUGCUCAUAUAAUGUGAUAGAAAUAAUACAAGAGUUAAUUACUAAUUUAAUAUUGUUAAUAUCCUCAAAAUGACAUGACCUAUAUAUAUUUAAGAUUGCUGAUAGUUUUCGUUUCACGUUUUACUACAUAUGUGUCAGUAAAAUAUACCAUCACAUUAUUUCAAAACAGGACAUGCAGUGUCUAUAUAUUUCAUCAUGUUUUAUAUUAAAAAAUAAUGUCGCUCUACAUAAAUAUU